UUGAUUAAUUAAAACAUCCGGUGGUGUGGUUUUUUUUUUUAAGCUCGUUUGUGUUUAGAUACGUUAUAAUUGCCGUAAAAAUGGCGCGUGUGUAAAUGAUGAGGAGAAAUUCACGUUGAUUCUCCCUAUUUCUACUCUUUAAACUUUUUGAAAGGCCAGAUUCUCAACCAAGAUGUGUUCAAUUCCCGGUUUGCCAAAAGUUGGAUCCAGCUUGACUGUUGAGAUCACAAAAGUCAAUUUAAACCAACAAACCGUUUUAGUACAGUUUGCAGGAAGUUUAAAUCAUGGGCAAGAGACCAGGGAAGUGUAUCAACAACUUAAAGACACUGAAGUGCCUAGGGAGCGGCAGCAUAUUUUUGAAGGCAAACCUGGAGUAGUUUGCUUAGUAUAUGAAGACAGAAAUUGGCACAGAGCAAGAAUACUUUCAAAGUCUCAGCAUGAAUACAAGUUGUUCCUAAUUGACGAUGGUAAAUUGCUUUGGGUCACAAGCGAAGUUUUGACAAAAUGCCCACGCAACCUUUACAGUCUACCUCCCAAAGUAGAGCUUUGCAUACUGGCCAAUGUAUCACCUCUGUGUCUUGAAAGUGCAUGGUCUGUGGCUGCUUCAAAGUUCAUCAGGUCUUUGACCGGGAAAGACAUUUCUGCGUAUAUUCGGGAUGUGAUAAUGCCAUCCAGAAUCAUUAUUCUUGAUGUUCCAAGUAUAUCCAAACAAAUGUAUGAACUUGGAUUUGCUAGAAAGAUGUCUAAUGAAGACUUCAAAAGCCUUGUAAUGCAUUCCCUGCAUUUGCCAAAAAAAAAACCUUCCAUACAGACCGACCAUAUGACUACAAAUGGUCAGCAGGAGCGUGCCAGUGACCCUGACAAGUUGCAUCAGUACUUGUAUCCUGAGUUGUUGCCUGGAACAAUUGAGAUUGUAACGGUGACACAAGUUAUUCAUCCAUUGAAAAUCUUUUGCAAAUUGCACGUCUUUUCACAAGAGCUCAAGAAAUUAAGUGAUCAGCUCCAUGAAUACUAUGAAGACUCUUUCUCUGCUCAGAUACCAAUGCUGCUGUAUGACGGGUCUCCAUGUGCAACCAAAGGCAGUGAUGGCAAGUGGUAUCGAUCUGUACUUCAGCAGAACAAUGUCUCCGAUGUUGUCAAGGUCUUUCAUGUAGAUUAUGGAAUUGGAGAUUUUGUUAAACUUUGCAAUAUCAGACCUUUAUCUCCAAGGUUCUUUAAAUUGCCAGUUGUCACCUAUGCAUGCUCUCUGCAUGGUGUUAUCGACAAAGGCAUUGGAUGGAGGAUGGAACAGAUAGAUUAUCUGAAAUCUGUUGUACUAGAUCAAAUCCUUGUUGCAAAAUUUGAGCAUCACGCUGCGAACGAGGAUGUCUAUUAUGUUACGCUUUAUGGAAAUGACAGUGUAAAUGUGAACGACACCUUUGGCCACAGAGAACAGUGUUUGUCAGUGACUGAGAAGAUUUGUGAUGACCAAACUCUCGAGACUCUGAACAAAGUGGCAAACAAAUACAUGUAUGUGAGAAAUAUGCCCGUUGGUUCUCUUAAUUCAACCGCUUUAACUGAUUCUCUUGAAGAUGUCACUGUAGUCAGACCUUCCAAAACUGAAAAAACCCUACAGCCUGCACAGGGAUAUCCCUCAUCGAAUGUCACUGCAGCGCCAUCUUUUCAGAAUAAGGCAUAUGUUGUUUCACAACCCAAAGCUGAAGUGGGCACAAAGCAGAAAGUUCGAAUAGCUUGUGUACAAAGUGUAAACCAGUUCUAUGGCCAUUUUGCAGAAAAUACUGAUACGAUUAGGAAAAUGACCAAAGAUAUCCAGCAACUUUGCCGCAAGCCACCACAAGCAAAGCUUAAAGUCUACCCUAAGAUGAUGUGUCUUGCUAAAUAUGCAGAUGGGCUGUGGCACAGAGGACAAAUUGAAUCGACGCAUCCAAAAAUACUUGUCCAGUUUGUAGACUAUGGUGACCUGGUAGUUUUGGAUAAAUCUGAUAUUCUGCCUCUUUCCCCGAAAGCUAGUGCAGUUGCAUCCAUUCCCAUUCAGGCUGUUCAGUUUGAACUUUUCAAUAUAACGUUACCUGAGCCAUGUGAGCUUAAUGAGUGGUUUAAAAACUAUGCUACAGACUGCAUAUUCUCCAUCAUUGUGAAACAAAAUUCUUCAGGCAAGCUAUCAGUGGAGAUGUAUGAUGAGAAAACAAACCUAAACCAAAAAAUUAAAGAGCUGUGGAACCAAAAGUCCAAAAGAAAUGAGCCUAACAUCACCAAAGGAGUGGAAAAGGCUCGUAUUUUUUGUAAGUCUUCAGAAAACAUGGAGUCUAGGGCUGUGAGACACAAUUUCAGCACUUCAUCACAAGCAUGUGAGAAAGCCUCUAAGAAAGUUGCAAAAGCAACUGUUCAGGACACAUGGGAACAAGACUUCCAGACUGCUACUGGUCACAAGACUGGACACAGUAGAGCUAAGCCUAAUGUUUUACAGCAACAAGUGUCAUGUCAUUAUCCAAAGCUCAGCGAUCUUCCCUCAAAAAACCUGAAUGCAGGAUAUACUUCAGACAUCUAUGUUUCACAUUGUAAUAGUCCAUCAAGUUUCUUUGUACAACUGGCAAGUGAUGAAGAUGAAAUAUUUUCCCUUCUUGACAAACUUAACUCUGCUCAGUUAAAUGAUGCACAAGUGGAACUAGACCUGUUGCGGUCGGGUGACCUGGUGGUAGCUGAAUAUCCUGCUGAUGGGGCCUGGUAUCGUGCUGUUGUUCAAAACAAGAAAAAUGGCAUGGUUCAAGUGCGGUUUAUUGACUUUGGCAAUGAGGCAACGCUCUUGCCCCUUAAAAUAAGGGAACUGGGCAAGCAGUUCCUCAGCACCUCCAUGUUCAGUAUUCAUUGCACACUUAAAGAUUGCAGAAGAGGGAAAAGAGAUUGGACCCAGGAAGAGAUAAUGACUUUCAAAAAAGCAACGGGUGAAAAUGGUGAGAAGAAAAUUCGAUGCAAGUUCGUCCAAGGGGAUGUAUCUGCUUGGAUUGUUAGUUUAGAUCUCGAGGAAUGGCCUUUGUUUAAUGCGGCUCUUAAACCAUGUAUUCAAACCGAAUCCCAAAUGCACUGUGAUGAAGAUACUCAGCUCUUAGCAUUCAAGGAACCAGCUGUAACUCAAGGACAAGUUGUGGAUGCGUAUGCUUCAUCUAUCGUUGGACCAAAUUAUUUCUGGUGCCAGUUCAAGAACUCGGAGGAUCUUGACAAAAUAUCCCUGCUUGCACAAGAAAUUGGAAACUCUAGUCUAGCUAAGCCAAUUCAGCCAGAUGAGUUAUCCCAGGGACCCUGCCUGGCACUCUUUUCUGACCAGCUGUGGUACCGUGCACAGGUUAUCAACAUACAUUCUAACACAGUCUCUGUUCUUUUCGUAGAUUAUGGAAAUGAGUCUGAAAUUAAACUGAACUUGGUUAAAUCCCUGCCUGCCAAGCUCCUGGAAAGCCCACCACAAGCAUUCCUUUGUCAGUUAGAAGCUUUGGGGUCUGUAAAUGGCAAUUGGAGCGAUGCUGCAGCUGACAAAUUCUUUGAGCUUCUAGUGGACGAACCAUUAAAAGUGACUAUUCAGAAUACAGUAAUGUCUUCUGACCUUUCAAACUGUCCUCAGUAUAACGUACUUGUUGAAUGUAAUGGACUUACAGUUAAUGAUCUUAUGAAAGAUUACUGGUGUGAUCCCAAACCUCAAGUUUGCAGUGAAGUGACAAUGGACACUAAAACAAAAACCACUGCAGGGAAGGACAGUUUUGGAGUAACAAGCUCUGAAACUAAUCAAAAAGAUAAUGGUCUCAACUCUGGAAAGUUAAAUGGCGGAGCAGCAAAUAAUGUAAGCGCGGACCUUCACAGCUUUGACCCUCAGAUUUCAGGAAACAAAUUAGUUGCAGCUAAGACCCAAAAGCAAAGCAUUACAUGCCCAACAUUGAAAUCAGUAGUUGGAAAUGCGAUGGUUCUUGAAAUAUCAGUACAGUGUUUACCUCAAGCUGUAGAUCUUCCUCCGCGUAUGAUAGAACCAGGUAAGGUGUCUGAAGUUUAUGUUUCACACAUCAACAGCCUGACAAGUUUUUUUGUUCAAAUGGUAGAAGAUGAAAAUACAAUAUUUUCCCUCACCGAGCUACUGAAUUCCCAUCAGCCAUCGAAGAAAGGUGAAAUACAUUCAUCCAGUGUUCAACAGGGGAGUUUGGUGAAGGCAAUGUCUCCUGAUGAUGAUUCCUGGUAUCGUGCUGUCGUUAAAGACACAACUGAAAAUGGCAUGAUCCAGGUAGAGUUUAUAGAUUUUGGAAAUGAGGCAACUAUUUCUCUCCUUCAAAUUUGCAGACUUGAGGAGCAGCUACUGUCUUACCCGAGGUUUAGCGUUCUCUGCAGCUGCAGUCUAGAUGAUCGAUUCAAGGCACAGGAGGGAAUGAAGGAGCAGAUAUUUCUCUUCAAAAAAAUAUUCGGUGAAGCUGGAGAAAACACGCUGUCUUGCAAGUUUAUCAAAGAAGUUGGCAUCACUUGGGAAGUUAAAAUGACUCCCUGUGGUAUCACAUCAGGUUCAAGUGAAAAAUGGGAUAGUUUAGACUUGAAUGAAUCACCAGUAGUAUCUGAACCUGUGAAGGAGACAUUCCAGCUGCUCCUUAAGAAACCAGAUAUCUCUUUGGGACAGACGGUAGAAGCUUUUGCAUCAUGCAUUGUUGGACCAGAUUACUUCUGGUGCCAGUUUUCGAACUCUGAAAUACUUGACCAAAUCACCCUUGUUGCUCAAGAAUAUGGAAACUCUUCUGAGACACAGCCAAUUAAGCUGGAUAGUUUGGAUCCUGGAAGCCAGUGCCUGACUCGUUUCUGUGACGAUCAGAUGUGGUAUCGCGCACAGGUUAUUAGUAAAUGCUCAAAUACUCUGUCUGUCCUUUUUGUUGACUUUGGAAAUGAGUCUGAAACCAGUGAAGGCUCUGUUAAAGCACUACCUUUUGACUUGCUGGAAAGUCCACCUCAAGCUUUUCUUUGCAGGUUGGAAGGGUUUGAUCCUUCCACAGGAUCUUGGGACACCGCAGCUACUGAUAACUUCUACGAGCUCUUAGUGGAUAAACCUCUGAAACUGACUGUGCAGUGCAUCGACAAUACAAUUGAUCCUAACAGCCCUCCUUAUUAUGUUAAAGUGGAGUCUCCACAAUAUCUUGUAAAUGAGCUCAUGGCAAAAUUUUGGAGCGGUUUUGCGCAAAAUGACCAGAACUCUACUGAGGCGAUUAGUUUGUGUGAAAUAUCCAUUGCAUCAACAUCUAAUGAACUUGUUUCAGAGGAUAAAGCAAGUGUGUGCCUUGCGCUUUCUACAGAGGAAAUGUGCCCAAUUGAAUCGCAUGGUGCAGAACAACAUGGAGCUAAGCUGAUUGAACCAUUAGAAGUAAAUGGUGACUUGCAUGGUGUACCUGAAAACAAGGUGGAUGAUCAGCUUGAUGGAGCAGAUGUGAUAGCUGCUGUAACAAAUUCUGAUGUCACUGCUGAUGAUCCUACAGGGAUUAAUUCAGGUUUAGAAAUCCCUGAAGUCUGUCAUGAAUCUGGUGAUGGAGUUACUGUUGCAUCAGCUGAGCAAAUGCUGCUGGACAGAGAGGAAAGUAGAACAAAUACAGAAGAUGGAGGAUCUGAAAAAGGGGACAACCCAACCAUGGCAAACAGAAGCACAGAUUGGGUAGCUGGUUUAGAAAAUCCGAUGUUACCCAUGGUUUGCACUGGAGUUUCAUGUGACUCUAAGUGCAUCUUCAAAUGAACAGAUUUUUAAACUUUAUUUAUUGUAAAAAGGUGUCAUUUGUUUUUCAUGGGGAAAAUUAAUGUAAAUCGACAUGGCUUCAAACAGAGUCAGCCUUUGAUAGACUGAUUUUAUUUGCAUUGUUGCUUGUCAUGUUUGUUGUUGUUUUAAAAGCUUGUCUGAUUUGGUUUUGUUGAUACAAACCAGUUUAUCUGUGUAGGUGCUAAGAUAAUAUUUGUAAUACAUUAAUUCCUGAAUUUUUCGUUUUGUUUGUUUAUACACAAGUAAUUGUCAAUUUGAAAUUAUGAUUGUUCAGAAAGUGCAAGCGCUCCAGACAAUAGUCCUGUUCGCCCUUCACUCUGAAGACUAGUGGAGUUUUUUCUCCUUAUUGUGCAAUGAUGUUUAGUCAUUUUGAUGUUUAUAUAAUAAUUGUUUAUUGGAAUAAAACGUUCAUAG